ACCAGCAGCCGUAACACACACAUCCCAUCCCAUCCAUCUCCCCAGCAAAACCCCCAAAACCAAACACCCCUCUGGCUGGGCUGGAGGGAAAAUCGCCGGGAAAGCAGCAAGAUCGGCCAGAGCGAACCCCAGGUGCGCGCGCGGCAAAAGCAAAAAAUCAAACGCCGGGUGCGCGCUAAAUCCAAUCCGGAAGCGGAGAUUAGGCGAGCGAGUUUCGAUCUGCGCCUGGCUCUCGCCCCCAGGGGCCAGGGCUGUGAGGGGGAGGCGUAUUUAGCAAAGGACAAAACAGGGGCAUUGCUGCGGCUAAUCAGGAUCCGUCGGGGCCCUGGCUGCCGCAUUAGCCACAUGAACACCCUCGCUAAUCGGGCCAUUACCACCACAAUCCUGCGCGGAGGAGCAGCGGCUGCCACUCCCCGGUGCCCCCGCCGCCGCCCAUUGCGGAUCUGGCGCGCCGCGCCAAUGACCUCUUCUUCUUCCUCUUGCUCCUCCUCCUCCUCCUCCGUCGGCGGCGGAUCGGGGUGGGGGGAGGGGAGGCCGCGGCUGGUGGUGAUCGUCGGCGCCACCGGCACCGGGAAGACCAAGCUGUCCAUCGACGCCGCGCGGGCGCUGGGCGGCGAGGUCGUCAACGCCGACAAGAUCCAGCUCUACCAAGGCCUCGACGUCACCACCAACAAGGUGCCCCUCGCCGACCGCCGCGGCGUCGCGCACCACCUGCUCGGCGCCGUCCCCCCCGACGCCGGCGCGCUCCCGCCGUCCUCCUUCCGCGCCCUCGCAGACGCCAAGGCCGCCUCGAUCGCGGCCAGGGGGAUGCUGACCGUCGUCGCCGGGGGGUCCAACUCCCUCAUCCACGCCCUCCUCGCCGACCUCCCCGACGACGCCGCGCUCCCCGAGGACCCCUUCUCCCUCGACCGCUCCUACCGCCCCGCGCUCCGGUACCCCUGCUGCCUCCUCUGGGUGGACGUGGAGGAGGCGCUCCUCGCCGAGUACCUGGACCGGCGCGUGGACGACAUGGUGGGCGCCGGCAUGGUGGAGGAGCUCCGGGAGUACUUCGCCGCCACCACCCCCGCGGAGCGCGCGGCCCACGCCCCCGGGCUGGGCAAGGCCAUCGGGGUGCCGGAGCUGGGCGAGUACCUCGCCGGGCGCAGGAGCUUCCGCGCCGCCGUCGACGACAUCAAGGCCAACACCCGGCGCCUGGCCGCCGCGCAGGUGGGCAAGAUCCGGCGCAUGGCCGACGGCUGGGGCUGGCCCGUGCGCCGCCUCGACGCCUCCGCCACCAUCCGCGCGCGGCUCGACGGCGCCGGCCCGGCCGCCGAGUCGGCGUCCUGGGAGCGCGACGUCCGCGGCCCCGGCCUCGCCGCCAUCCGCGCCUUCCUCGCCGACCAGGCCUCCCACGGUCACGGCAAUGACGCCACCGCUAGCGCCAACGGCGUGGACGAGCCGCCCUCGCCGGCGCUGCUGAUGCGGCUGCCGCGGAUGCAAUGCUGCGACAUGGUGGUGUGAAGCUGAUGCCGCUGGUGCUUUUCUGGGCGGGAGAGACGGACGGAAGAGGCUCUGGGGGUGGAGGGUUUUGACCGCCGAUUUUUGCAGAGGGUCCCGGCGGCGCCCGCUCUCCGACACCGCCCGGUGGGGCCGCGCGCACCGAGAAUCCGAGAUCGACAACAGAAAGAGAGAGAGAGAGUGAGAGAGAGAGAUAGGCUAGUGUAAAAAGUGACAGAAGGAGCGAAAGUACUAUUCUGAGCACGAGCUCAGAUGAGCUCUUUAUCUCAGCCGUCCUCUCUCUUUUAGAUUCGCGCCGUCCACUGUUUAGCUUUGCGUAUUCCAACUAGUAUAUGCUGCUAUUUCA